CAAGAAAAGGCCUGAUGCCAAUGGCCAAGUUGCAUUCAACCUUGCAUAGGGUGGUGUUCGAGUCAACAAUGAUGGCGGCGACCUCCGUGAGCAGAAGCUGCUUCAGAACGGCUUUUAACGCCAAUUGCACAUCCCCGUCAUUACAACAACACAUUCACUCCUUCCCCGUCGCGUCCUGCAAACCCAUCCAGAACUUCUCCAACGGAGAAUGCGCAGCGUCUCAUUUGCAUUUGCAGGCCAGAUGCGGGCCCAAUGCUGCAGCGCAAGCAAGGGCACAUCUGCAUUGUGCUCUACAAGGUGCACCUGUAGGACUUUCUAGUUCUUUCAUGGGCGAUGGUUGGGGUGGUGAUCUGAAAAGUUUGGGCAGCAAAAGAAAGAAUGCGAGCUGUCUGGUGAUGUCAGCACAAGCGGAGGCGCCAGAGCAGAUGAAAGUGCUGGUAGUUGGGGGUGGGGGCCGAGAGCACGCAAUCUGCUGGGCGCUGAAAAGGAGCCCCAGCUGCUCUCAGGUCUUCUGCGCCCCAGGCAACGCUGGUAUCGCUGCCGCCAAAGACGCAGACUGCCUCCCCAAUCUGAACAUCACAGAUGGCAUGGCUGUCAUCAAGUUUUGCCAAAGUGAGGGCGUGGGCCUGGUCGUGGUUGGGCCCGAGGCGCCUCUAGUUGCGGGGCUCGUGGAUGACUUGACGUCUGAAGGGAUCCCCGCGUUUGGGCCAACGUCCGCGGCGGCGACCCUGGAGGGCUCAAAAGCAUUCAUGAAGAAUCUGUGUGACAAGUACGACAUCCCCACCGCCGCCUAUGAAACCUUCACUGACCCCGACGCUGCCAAAAAGUACAUCCAAUCCUUGGGCGCUCCGAUCGUGGUUAAGGCCGACGGGUUAGCGGCAGGGAAGGGCGUCGUCGUCGCUCGGACGGUCCAAGAGGCUAUUGACGCCGUGGACGAUAUCCUAUCAGGCGGGAAGUUCGGCUCGGCGGGGGGCCAGAUUGUGGUGGAAGAAUUUUUGGAGGGGGAGGAGGCGAGCUUCUUUGCGCUGGUGGAUGGGGAGACGGCGCUACCGCUGAUGUCAGCGCAGGACCACAAGCCCGUGGGCGACGGCGACACCGGCCCCAACACGGGCGGCAUGGGCGCCUACUCCCCGGCCCCUGUCGUUACGCCCCAGAUGCAGGAUGACGUCAUGCGGACCAUCAUCGAGCCGACCGUGAGGGGCAUGGCCGCGGAGGGGUGCAAGUUCGUCGGCGUUUUGUACGCGGGACUCAUGAUCGACCCGAAAACGGGGGUCCCGAAAUUGCUCGAGUACAACGUCCGGUUCGGUGAUCCGGAAUGUCAGGCGCUGAUGAUGCGGAUGAAGUCGGAUCUAGCCCAAGUCCUUCUGAAGGCCUCGCAAGGCAAGCUGAGCACCGUACAGGGACUAGAGUGGCGAGACGAAGCGGCACUCUGUGUCGUUCUGGCCACAGAAGGAUACCCGGGGUCGUUCCAAAAGGGUUCAGAGAUCCGAGGUCUGGAAGAGGCGGUCGAAGGGUUAGCUGACACCAAGGUUUUCCAUGCGGGCACGGCGUUGAAUGAGGAGGGUCAGCUAGUGUCAGCCGGGGGCAGAGUUUUGGGGGUAACGGCGCUGGGGAAGGAUGUGCGGGAAGCACAGGCAAAAGCGUACAAGGCGGUGGAUCGGAUAGACUGGCCAGAGGGGUUCUGCAGAAGGGACAUUGGCUGGCGCGCUAUUGAAAGGACACAGGAAUGAGUGCAUGAAGUUGAGUCUACUGGCCAUCAUGGCACUGAGAUUUUCAAUAGCAGAACCACUGCAUGUUUUGCGUGAGUGCUGCAAGGGCAGAAUGCCACGGGCACUACAUAAUUUAGAUAACAUACGUGGACAGCCGACAAUGCGUGAUCUCCAUUGUGACAUCAACAAAUGACGUGUAG